GAAAUAAAGUCUUUGCUUUCACUUUUUGGAGGCCAGUUCACCAGCAGUCAGGAAACUUAUGGAAAGUCUCCAUUUUGGAUUCUUAAUAUUCCCUCUGAAGAUAUUGCAAGAAACUUAAUGAAACGGACAGUGUGUGCCAAGUCUAUAUUUGAACUGUGGGGUCAUGGAAAAUCUCCUGAGGAACUGUAUACUUCUCUUAAAAAUUAUCCUGUGGAGAAGAUGGUUCCAUUUCUGCAUUCAGGCUCUACAUAUAAAAUAAAGAUUCACACCUUUAAUAAAACAUUAACACAAGAAGAAAAAAUCAAGCGAAUAGAUGCACUUGAAUUUUUGCCAUUUGAAGGAAAAGUGAACUUAAAGAAACCACAGCAUAUAUUCUCUAUUUUGGAGGAUUAUGGGUUGGACCCAAACUGCAUCCCUGAGAAUCCACAUAACAUUUACUUUGGUAGAUGGAUCGCAGACGGGCAGAGAGAGCUAAUCGAGUCAUACAGUGUCAAAAAGAGACACUUUAUUGGAAAUACAAGCAUGGAUGCUGGCUUGUCAUUCAUCAUGGCCAACCAUGGAAGAGUGAAAGAAAACGAUACUGUGUUUGAUCCAUUUGUGGGAACAGGUGGCCUCCUGAUAGCAUCUGCUCAUUUUGGUGCGUAUGUCUAUGGAACAGACAUAGACUAUAAUACAGUUCAUGGCUUAGGAAAGGCUAGUAGGAAAAACCAGAAAUGGAGAGGACCAGAUGAAAAUAUCAGGGCAAAUCUUCGUCAGUAUGGUUUAGAGAAGUAUUACCUUGAUGUCUUGGUUUCAGAUGCAUCUAAACCUUCUUGGAGGAAAGGCACAUAUUUUGAUGUGAUCAUCACUGAUCCUCCAUAUGGUAUUAGAGAAUCUACAAGAAGAACAGGCUCACAGAAGGAAAUACCAAAGGGGAUAGAAAAAUGUCCAGAAAGCCACGUUCCUGUUUCCAUGAGUUAUCACCUGAGUGAUAUGUUUUUUGACCUGUUAAACUUUGCAGCGGAAACCCUCGUAUUAGGUGGAAGACUAGUCUAUUGGUUACCAGUGUAUACACCAGAAUACACUGAAGAAAUGGUACCCUGUCACCCUUGCCUGAAACUCAUUAGCAACUGUGAGCAGAAGCUUUCCAGUCACACAUCAAGGCGUUUGAUCACUAUGGAGAAGGUGAAGAAAUUUGAGAGCCGGGACCAGUAUUCACAUCUGCUAAGCGAUCAUUUUCUCCUAUACCAAGGUCAUAAUUCCUUCCGUGAGAAAUAUUUCAGUGGGGUAACAAAAAGAAUUGCCAAGGAAGAAAAAUCCAACCAGGACUGAAAAUUAAGAUUUUGACAAUGAAGAAGAAUUAAGCAUGUACUAGAAAAGACACCUGGAUGUGAACAUUUAUGUGUAAUCCAAAAAACAUGCUAUUUUAAAAUUUUUAUAUAAAAAAUGCUACAAAUGAAAUUGAGCAACUGAAAAAUUAUCUUUGUUUUAUAGACUAUUUUACUGCAUGUAUUGUGAGAUCCUUUGAAACUUAUUUAACUUAUAUUUGUAUUUCAAGUGUUAAUGGAGAUUAAU